GACAGGCAGCCCCUCGCUCGUGGGGCUGCGCCUGCGCGGAAACCGGCUCCUAGGCCCCGGCGUCCCCGCGCGCCCUCCCCUGGUAACGGCCCGCCCCCUCCCUCCUUAGAAACCGGGCGGCUGGCAUAGAGGCUAGCCGGCCUGUGGCCGCAGGCGGGCGACCGGUCUAGCCUGCCUGUCUGCAAGCCUUCCUCCUGGAAGUCGGCGAUCCCUUUUGAAUUAUGGGGGACCCACCGCCCGACCCUGAGCCCCCUUCCCAGCCGCCUUCAAGUCGGAGGAGUUCCCAGGUUUCCCAGCGGCGCGGUCUGGAACUCUCUCGGCCCCAGCCCGCCUUCCCCGAGGAGGCGGAGCAGAUACCACUUGAUACCUCCAUCCUGCAGAGCAAUCGGGGGGUUCUGGCCAGCCAGGCCAACCUCCAGGGCUGGUCGCUAGGGGCCAGCCCGACCCAGCAGGAGAACUUGACGAUGUUCCAGGCUGAGGAGGCCCAGCUGGGUGGGGUGGAGUACCCGUCCCCGAAUAUGGGCUUUCCCUCCGAGCUACAGCCCCAGCUUUAUCUGGAAGAAGGUGGGACCCAGGCCACCCAAAACGCCGGCCUAAUGCUGCAGCAACUACAGCGGGGCCAAAGCAACCUCUUCCAGCAACUGGAGUCUGCCUACCUGGAGACCCAGCCGGACUUAUUGGGCCAGUUCAACAUGUACCAGAGAGAUGACCUGCAGUUCAGCCAGCAUGGGCCCUACUUGAGGGAUGAGCCCACCCUCCAGUUCUCACCCUCCGAGCCGGGCUUCACGCCCUUCACUCUGGAGGUGCCCGAGCCGGAGCCUCUGGAGCUGGCCGUGCAGAACGCCAAGGCCUACCUGCUGCAGACCAGCGUCAGUUGCAGCCUCAGCCUGUAUGAGCACCUAGUGAACCUGCUGACCAAGAUCCUGAACCAGCGGCCCGAGGACCCUUUGUCCAUCCUGGAGUCGCUGAACCGCACCACGCAAUGGCAGUGGUUCCACCCCAAGCUGGACACCCUGCGGGACGACCCAGAGAUGCAGCCCACCUACGAGAUGGCGGACAGACAGAAGGCGCUGUUCCUGCGGAACGGCGGAGGCGAGGGCCAACAGGAAAUGGAAGAGGAGGUGGCUGAGACGGCGGUACCCAACGUCAUGGAGACGGCCUUCUACUUGGAACAGGCUGGCGUGGGCCUGAGCUCGGACGAGAGUUUCCGCAUCUUCAUGGCCCUGAAGCAGCUGGUGGAGCAGCAGCCCAUCCAUACCUGCCGCUUCUGGGGCAAGAUCCUGGGGCUCAGCCGCAGCUACCUGGUGGCCGAGGUGUCCUUCCGGGAGGGCGAGGAGGAGGGCGAGGAGGAGGAGGCGGAGGAGAUGAUGGAGGGCGGCGAGGGCAUGGACGCGCCCGACGAGGAGGACGAGGAGAAGGACACGGACAUUAUCCCCAAGCCCAUGUGGAAGCCACCGCCCGUCAUCCCCAGGGAGGAGAGCCGCUCGGGCACCAACAAGUACCUGUAUUUCGUGUGCAACGAGCCGGGCCGGCCGUGGACGCGGCUGCCGCACGUCACGCCCGUGCAGAUCGUGCAGGCCCGCAAGAUCAAGAAAUUCUUCACCGGCUUCCUGGACGCGCCAGUCGUCAGCUACCCGCCCUUCCCGGGCAACGAGGCCAACUACCUGCGGGCCCAGAUCGCCCGCAUCUCGGCCGCCACGCACAUCAGCCCGCUCGGCUUCUACCAGUUUGGGGAGGAGGAGGGCGAUGAAGAGGAGGAGGGCGGCGCGGGGCGCGACUCGUACGAGGAGAACCCCGACUUUGAGGGCAUCCCGGUGCUCGAGCUGGUGGACUCCAUGGCCAACUGGGUGCAUCACGCCCAGCACAUCCUGCCGCAGGGCCGCUGCACUUGGGUGAACCCUUUGCAGAAGAUAGAGGAGGAAGAGGAGUUAGGGGAGGAGGAAGAGAAGGCAGACGAGGGGAUGGAAGGCGUGGAGCAGGAGGUCGGGCCCCCGCUGCUGACGCCGCUCUCCGAAGACGCAGAAAUCAUGCACAUGUCACCGUGGACCACCCGCCUGUCCUGCAGCCUUUGCCCACAGUACUCCGUGGCUGUCGUGCGCUCCAAUCUUUGGCCAGGGGCCUAUGCCUACGCCAGUGGCAAGAAGUUUGAGAACAUCUACAUUGGCUGGGGCCACAAGUACAGUCCCGAGAACUUCAACCCACCCCUGCCAGCCCCCGUUCAGCAGGAGUACCCCAACAGCCCCGAGAUCUUGGAGAUGAGUGACCCCACGGUGGAGGAAGAGCAGGCCCUCAAAGCAGCCCAGGAGCAGGCCCUGGCGGCCGCGGAGGAAGAGGAAGACGAUGAGGAGGAAGACGAGGAGGAGGAUCUGGAUGACUGAAGGGGGCCCCCCCAAGCCCCUUCCGCAAGCAGGUAGAUAGUAGGUUUUCCCUUAUACAUAGUUAGUGAUGGGGUGUUGUUUUUCCCCCCACUGUCGGUUUGCUUUCUGCCCCUGGAGGGCAGGAGUGGAAGAGGGAGGUAGCUGCUCUAAAAUAAAAUUUCCCCAUGGCACUAUGGCCUAGUUUCUCAU